AUGCACUGUCUGGCUACACCUCCAGACGACGGCACCCCUUGCACAUACCGACGGAUUGAGGGCGUCGAGCGGUUGGAAAGAUAUAAACCGGGUGGCUACCACCCAAUCCUUCUUGGAGAUAUCCUUCAUGGCCAGUACGAGGUUGUUCAAAAGCUAGGCUUUGGAACAUAUUCCACAGUCUGGCUUACAUAUGACCAAAAACGGUCAGCAUACGUUGCUAUUAAAGUCUGUACCGCAGAUGCACCGCUUCGGGAGGUUGAGAUUCUACGUACUUUAACCAAAAAUCAGACUAAUCACCCAGGCCUACCCAUUCUUCCGGUAAUUCUAGAUGAUUUUGAACUCCAGGGUCCGAAUGGCCGCCAUCAAUGUUAUGUGACCCGUACGGCUCGUAGCAGCGUGGCAGGGGCGAAAUAUUCCUGCUGCUUUGAGAUUAGCGUUGCGCGUGCUCUUGUUGCACAGUUGAUUUUGGCAGUUGACUAUAUACAUAGCCACGGAUACGUUCACAGUGAUAUCCAUCUUGGGAACAUACUUUUCCGUCUUUCAUCAAGCUAUGAUCAAUUCUCUCCUAAACAACUAUGUAAGCAGUUCGGCGAACCUCGCACAGAAAGCCUUAUACGGCUUGAUGGGAAGCGUCUGCCUCCAAACGCCCCCAUAUAUGGAGUUAUACCCGCCUGGCUAGGAAAACACGCAGAUCAAGUUCGCCCCUGUGAAGCACACGUUCUUCUCGGCGACUUUGGAGAAGCCUUCAAUGCAAAAACCGAGAAACGAUAUGGUAAUGACUGCCACGUUCCUCUCCCCGUCUUGCCGCCAGAAGUGAUUUUUGAGCCCGAAAAGAGUCUCUCUUUCUCGUCUGAUGUUUGGGCUCUGGCCUGUGCUACAUGGUCUAUUUUUGGAAUGCGGUCGCUUUUUGAUGGCACACUUGCAACGCAAGACGAUAUAGCUUCACAGCAAAUCGAUACCCUUGGGAUAUCAUCGUUGCCAUGUAAAUGGUGGACCGAGUGGGCAGCGCGUCAUCAAUACUUCGAAGAGACAGGUCAGCCUCACGGAAACCGCACCGUCUUUCCGCCGCUUGAGCAAAGCUUUGAAGAGGAGAUACAGACUGUUAGGCGGGAGGAAGGGGUAGAAGAAUUCGGUGAAGAGGAGAAGGCGGCUGUUCUAGCUAUGCUUCGCUCAAUGCUUGUAUUUCAGCCAGAGAAACGAGCUUCGGCAAAGUCGGUGAUGGCUUCGGAAUGGAUGAUGGAUUGGGGACUACCGGCACUAAAAUGUCUUCGGAGGGACUGA